UCUUUUAUAUUAAGGGAAAAUUAUCACCGGUCCACCUCCUCCACCACCACCACCACCACCACCCACCACCACCGAAUCUGACUCGCUUUUGGCCCCACCUUAACCCCUCUCUUCGUCUUCAUCUCCUUCACUUCUUACUGUUCUAAUGUUUGUUUUCGUUUCUCUUCUCUCCCAGAGCACCAACGCCUUCUCAUCCUUUCCCUCCCUUAAAUUUUUGUCUCUCAGCCGCUCCCCUGCCCCCGCUCCCGCUGCCGUCGCUGCCUGAACUGUACAUAGAUAAACGUAUCUUUUUGGGAUUUUUUCUACUUCGCCGCCUGCUGGAGUAUACUAUCUGCUUGAACGGCUGUUCGCCUUCUGUUUCCGUUUGUUUUGCUUGUGAAUUACUGGUUGAAAGAGCUGAAAUGCGCCUCAGCCUGCGGGUUUUCUUGGUCUCGGAGGGGAUCGGAAAAUCACCGGCGAUCUGAUGGAAACGACGUCGCUGGCGUUCUCGCCAAACACCGCCAUUCGAUGGAGGUGAACGGUCGGACUAGUUCAUGUUUUGCUUCUUCUGCACUCAGGUUCCGGCCUAAGAAUCGAUUCGCCGCCGUCGUCAUUUUCGAGGUGGUUCUGCUAGUGGUAUGCUUUAAAGCUGCUAAAGCAAAUUUGCAAGAACAUCGAUUGCAAUGGCAAGGCCAGGAAAAAGAAAGUGAAAACAUUGCUUCACAUUCUUGCAUCCACGAUCAGAUACUUGAACAUCGGAGGCGACCAGGUCUGAGGGUGUAUUCUGUCAGUCCACAAGUGUAUGAGGAGUCUGCUGUCUUGAAACCCUUACACCGCAGAGGAAGGACAUUGCUUGAAAUUUCAAAAUUUCCAGAACUACAAAAGGAUGUAAAGCAGCCCAUUAGAAUAUAUUUAAAUUAUGAUGCUGUCGGUCACUCAUCUGAGAGAGACUGUCAAAAUGUUGGUGACAUUGUGAAGCUUGGGGAGCCUCCUGCCGCUUCCUUUUCUGGUAAACCUUCUUGCAAUCCUCAUCAAGAUCCUCCAAUUUUUGCUGACUGCUGGUAUAACUGCACUGUGGAUGAUAUAGCUGGGGAAGAUAAAAGGCGUCGCCUUCAUAAGGCUUUAGGACAGACAGCCGACUGGUUUAGAAGAGCCUUAGCUGUCGAGCCUGUAAAAGGGAACCUGCGUUUGAGUGGAUAUUCUGCAUGUGGACAAGAUGGAGGUGUACAGCUUCCACGUGAAUAUGUAGAAGAGGGUGUUGCUGAUGCGGAUUUAGUUCUUCUGGUAACUACAAGGCCAACCACAGGCAACACUCUUGCAUGGGCAGUGGCAUGUGAGCGUGAUCAAUGGGGCCGUGCAAUUGCAGGACACGUGAAUGUUGCUCCUCGCCACUUGACUGCAGAAGCUGAGACCUUACUCUCAGCUACACUCAUUCAUGAGGUCAUGCAUGUUCUUGGUUUUGAUCCCCAUGCCUUUGCACAUUUUCGGGAUGAGAGGAAAAGAAGGCGCAGUCAGGUCAUUGAACAAGUAAUGGAUGAAAAACUUGGGCGGAUGGUAACACGAGUGGUUCUUCCGCAUGUUGUCAUGCACGCACGAUAUCAUUAUGGGGCAUUCUCUGAGAAUUUCACUGGUCUAGAGCUAGAAGAUGGGGGAGGCCGUGGCACAUCAGGAUCCCACUGGGAAAAACGGCUUCUGAUGAACGAGAUCAUGACCGGAUCGGUUGAUACAAGAUCAGUCGUUUCAAAAAUGACGCUGGCUUUAUUGGAGGACAGCGGAUGGUAUGAGGCCAAUUAUAGUAUGGCAGAUCGUCUUGAUUGGGGUCGCAACCAGGGAACUGACUUUGUUACCUUGCCUUGCAAUCUCUGGAAGGGUGCAUACCAUUGCAAUAGCACACAGUUGUCUGGCUGUACGUAUAACAGGGAGGCAGAGGGUUAUUGCCCAAUUGUAAGUUAUAGUGGCGACCUCCCUCAAUGGGCCCGGUAUUUUCCACAGGCUAACAAAGGUGGGCAAUCAUCUUUGGCGGAUUACUGCACUUACUUUGUGGCUUACUCAGAUGGGUCAUGUACAGAUGCUAAUAGUGCCCGGGCACCUGACAGAAUGUUGGGUGAAGUGCGGGGGAGUAGCUCCAGGUGUAUGGCCUCAUCAUUAGUGCGUACUGGAUUUGUACGGGGCUCCAUGACCCAGGGAAAUGGUUGCUAUCAGCACAGGUGUAUAAACAAUUCGCUAGAGGUUGCUGUGGAUGGUAUUUGGAAAGCAUGUCCUGAAGCUGGUGGGCCAGUUCAAUUCCCUGGCUUCAAUGGUGAACUUAUUUGCCCGGCUUACCAUGAACUCUGUAGCACGGCCUUGGUUCCUGUAUCUGGGCAAUGUCCCAAUUUGUGUAGUUUCAAUGGGGACUGCACUGAGGGAAGGUGUCAUUGCUUUCUAGGGUUUCAUGGGGAUGACUGUAGUAAACGUUCCUGCCCUAGCAAUUGUAAUGGACAUGGCAAGUGUCAUUUGAAUGGGAUCUGUCAAUGUGAAGAUGGGUAUACUGGCAUUGACUGCUCUACAGCUGUCUGCGAUGAACAAUGCAGCCUUCAUGGAGGGGUCUGUGAUAAUGGAGUUUGUGAGUUCCGUUGCUCUGAUUAUGCAGGGUACACAUGCCAGAACAGCUCCCUUCUCCUCAAUGGUCUUUCAGUCUGCAAAGAUGUGCUGGAGGCUGAUCUCUCGGGGCUGCACUGUGCCCCUAGUGAACCAAGUACAUUGCAGCAGUUGGAAGAUGUUGUGGUUAUGCCCAACUAUCAUCGGUUAUUCCCAGCUGGUGCUCGGAAGUUAUUUAGCUACGUUGACAAUGGCUACUGUGACACUGCUGCUAAGCGGCUAGCCUGCUGGAUCUCAAUCCAGAAGUGCGAUGGGGAUGGUGAUAACAGGCUGAGAGUAUGCCAUUCGGCGUGUACAGCUUACAACUUGGCAUGUGGAGCAUCACUUGACUGCUCAGACCAAACCCUAUUCAGCAGUGAAGAGGAAGGCCAUGGUCACUGCACCGGCUCUGGUGAGAUGAAAUUACCCUGGUUUAGUCGCUUGUGGAAAGGGUUUGUUCCUUCUAGGGACAGUUCCUUUAAAGGAACAGAUGUAAAAAGUCGGCAGGUCUAGUUUUUUUUUUUUUUGUCUUUUUCCCAUCUCCAUUUUGCUUGUAAUUUUUCUAGUUUUUUCCUCUUGAUUAUUGUCUUAGGAAAAGUUGGCACGUACUAUAUAUGUGCCUGUAGGUGUAGUUUUUCUUCCACCCGGUCUUGAAGUGCAUUGAAGGAGAAGAGGAUAGGGUGGGGCUGUUUUCUGUGUUUGCACUUUCGAAGAUGAAAGUCAAACUGUAGGGGAAGUUGGCAAUGUAUGGAAAAUUCGUCAAUUAAAAAAAAAAAAAAAAAAAAAAAAGCGGAGGAAAGAAAUUAAUAGAGGUUUAUUGAGAUUAAUGGAUAUCAGAUUUGGCCAAAGGCUCCCAAGAAAACAUAAGGGAAAGCCUCGUGUUCUUGUCAUUCUUCCUCAUCUCAUGUUGGGUUUGUGCCUUUCCCUCAGUUUUAAAUGGGAAGAGGGCGUGCUGUAGAAACUCAGUCUAAAUGCAGUAAUGGUAUGGUAUGGUUCUAUUUGUUGUAA